AUGGAAGAUUUUCCGAAUGCAUCCACCUAUUGUCAACGGUUGAAGAUGUUGGCCGAUCAACUUAAGAAUGUGGAUGCUCCGGUAUCCAACAAUCAGUUGGUUUUGCAAAUGGUUGCGGGUCUCACGGAUGCAUACAAUGGCGUUGGUACCCUUCUCCGUCAAAGUGACCCGCUUCCUCCCUUUUAUCAAGCUCGCUCUAUUCUAAUGCUUGAGGAAGCCGGGUUAUCCAAAAAGGCCUCCCUUGGCUCUUCUUCUUCAGCCUUGUUGAUGGAUUUGUCCCGGUCCGAUUCUCCUUCUCAUCAGAAUUUGAAUGGUGGUAAGUCAAGCAAAAACCGCUCCACCACCUCCGCCAGAAAAAACGGUAAGCGAGGUGGUGGUGGCGGUAAGGGGGGUGGUCGGAACACCACCGGUGGCCACCAGCAGCAGGCGGCAACUCAACAGCAGGGUGGUUGGUUUACUGGGAGUCAGCCCACUCCUUUUCCUUCUUGGAGGGGUUGGCCUUAUGGUUGGCCCAUGCCACCUUGCCCGUUUCCCAGUCAAGGCUGGGCUCGGCCCAAUUCAUUCUCUGAGCAGCAGGUGGGUUCCCCAGCAGGGGUUCUGGGCCCACGCCCAGCAGCCUAUGCUGCUGAAACUUCUCCAUUUCAACCCACCGAUAUUGAGGCAACUUUCCACACUCUUGGGCUCACCCCUCCGGACCCGAAUUAG